GUAGUUUUAAAUGUGUAUGAUAUAAAUCUAUUUACGUAUAUUUAAGCUAUUAACCUUAACACACGAAUAGAGUUUUUUUACUCAUUUGCAGAAGAUUUAGUGCAUAAGGAAGUAACAAAAGUGAAAGGACAAAAAUAAGAACUGGCAUGGGGAACACACAAUCGGAUAAACAAGGAGGUCAAGGAAACGAACCGAGAAAAGAAGAGACACGUUUGGAUGAUUUACCGAAAACCUUCAGCAGUCAUUAUAAUAGUGUGAUGAGCCUUGUAGAAGCAACCAUUGCACAGCAGGAAUAUGUUGACCAGUUAUGUCAAAUAUCAGCUGACGUCAUGAAUGAUAGAACAAAGCUUGACACAUUAAAAAAAGGACGAGACAUUUUAGAUAAACUGCAAGCCUCACGUUAUAUGCAGACAAGCUUAGUACAAGACUCCGUAUUUUCCUUGUAUUACAACAUACAAGCUAUCCUUCUGUCUUACAAACUAAAACCUUUCGAGAUAGAUUCUUCAUUUUUGAAAAGAAAGGACAACCAAGAGUUGAAUGAAUCAAGAGAUGUAGAACAUCAUCAAGUAAUCGAUGAUGGAGUAAUGCAAGUGUUACCGAAUGAGAAACAUAAAAAAGAAAUUGAAAUGCUUAUAAAAGAUUUAUCGAAAAGCGAGAAGCUUAUUAGAAAGUUGGAAGAUGACAAUACAAAAGCUGCAAAUAAAAUCAAAGAAUUAGACGGUUCGAAUGGAUAUUUAGAAAAAGAUUUAGAAAGGAAAACAUUGCAUAUAGAAGAAUUACAGAAGACAAACGAAAAACUUAUUUGUAAAAUAGAGAAACUUACGCCACCGAAAAUUGCUGGCACGGUUCAGCUUUAUCAUUCACAUAGCGGAAAUACUAUAAAAGAUAUUGAAGAAGAAUUAAAGACAAUGCUGAAUAAUCACUUGAAAGAUGUUAAAUUUGUCAAAUGCAACAGGAUAACGGACAUCGAUCAGUCACAGAUGCUUAUUGUCCUCAGCAUCAUUGCUUCAAGAGUAGGGACAGACGCUGCAAAUGCAAUUAAAGAUGUACCACGACCUGAAAACACGGCACUUUUGCUAUUUCAUAUAAAAGAAAUUCAUGCACUGACGAAACAAGCAAGUACUGCUGUGCUCACAGAUCGAUCAUUUAAGGACCUUGGUGGGAUAUUUGAUUUGGCCUUUGUAAAUGGAAAAGGCUUAUACCAGUGUGAAAUGAACGAAAAUGCAAUGAAAAGCGUUUGUGAUUUCAUUAAGAAAGGCAUAUCAGGGACAGGUGUAUAGAUUUACAAAGCAAUCUCGAAAAAAUAUACAGAACUUCUUUUACCAUUAAUAGACAACACAAUAUCAAGUGUUUUAAAAUGAGAUAUUCUCCUGUGAAAAACAAAGGAAAUAACUUAUAAUUAAAUUAAAUUUAUAUUAUGGCAUACAUUUUACCAACAAAUUAGUGUAUAUAUUUACUUUAUGUAUCUAUGAUAAUGUCAUUAUUAUUCAUUUUACAUACGAAUGUUCAAGUAUAAAAACAUUAUUUAGUUAUAAAUUAUUUUGAAAAUUAUGAAAUCGUUAAAAUCAAUUAAUUUGUUACAUUGUAGAAAGAUGUGUAUUAUCUGCAUUUUUAUUUAUAGCAUGGCUAUAGCAUUCAUUAACAAUUACUGAUUCUAAUAGAAUUAACCGCUUUAUAUGUGUUUGAAAUAAAUACUUAUCAAAGCGAUCGUCAAUCAAGAUGUUUAAAAGAAGUCAAAUUAUCAGUUUCCUUGUAAAGAGACAUACCCACUAUGUAUUUUUUUAAUUGCUUUUGGAUGCGAAACUAUUUAUUUCAAAAUUAUCUUCCAAAUAGCAAGUUGUAAGAAAUCGAUUUGCAAUGAGAACAGUACAGUUGUGCUUUAGAGAUUAAUAAAAGAAACAAAGACAAACAGAAGAGACAGUCUCCCUAGCCACUUCGAUUCUAACUUCAACCAAGAUAUUAAUGGAUACUUAGUAAGGUGACAUUUUUAAAGCUGUGCUGUAUGGACCUAGGGAACACACAGACAGAGACGAUGAAAAUGAUGAAAAAUGCUAAUCGUUUUUCAAAUGAAAGCACAUCUCUUAUUUUAAGUGAUAUAAACGAUCUUCGGAGAGUAUGGAGUCUCUAGAGUACGACACUUGGAGAGGGCAGCACUUAACGAAUUGUGAACUCUCAUUGAACAGUCUGAUCAAUGGGAUCUUAGGUUGACGGUAAGUGACAUUACAUCACAAGUAGGAGUUACCUAUGACAGCAUCCAUUUAAUUUGGAGAAACUAGCUUAAGUCAACAAAAGUUCAUGCAAGCUUGGUGCGAGUUCUCAAAAGCGCGUUAGUAAUCAAGUCGAAACGUGUGCUAGUACCGUGCGCAAAUACUAUUUCACUAACCAAUUAAAUGGUUAAAAUUUAACAGAUACAUAGAAAGAAUACCGUUAUCUAUUUAAUUUAUGUAUAUUUGAUCUUAUUAUCUGUACAAAUACAAUUAAUGAAACU